GACGCUGACGCAGCAGGGGGAGCAGGGGCAGGAGGAGGUGCUGUUGGUGGCGCUAACGGCCGUCGUCCGCUAGCUGUUUUCCGGCUGGCAGGUCCUCAGGCGGCCCCGCCUCCCCCGCACCAACACUUCAUGCAGCCUCCUCGGCAUCAUCAUCACCAACACCACCAGCACCACCACCCUCCGCAUCUCCACCACCUGGAACCAGCGCAGGCGGGUCAGGCGGCUCUUCCUGACCACCAACCACCACCGCAACAACAACCCCAGCUUCAACCCCAGCCCCAGCAGCAGCAACAACCGGUCCGCGCUGCCUGGUCUCCAUACAGAGGAGGCGGCGGAGGCGCAGGGGCUGCAGCAGGAGUGCUGGCAGCUGCGGAGGCGACGGGGGCGGCAUCCCUUCCGAUGGCGUUGACAGCAGACCCCGCGGCGGCCUUUGCGGCGAGUUGUUUGCCGCCGCCUCGUCCCUCGUACUGCUGCAAUGUCGUACACGGACUACCGGGCGGUUGCGGCUGGGUGGACGUGUCGUUGGAGGCGGUUUGGGAUCAGCUGGUGCCGUACAUUACCGUACAGGUGUCUGGGUGCUCUGAGGGCAGUCCACGCCACGUGGUGUCCACACAGCCGGACUGCUUCUUUGAAACCAAUGACAGCGCGGAUAGCCUGCCCUGGAUCGAGCUGCAACUGCCGC